AUGCAUCAGAUUUACAGCUGCAGUGAUGAAAAUAUAGAAGUUUUCACCACCGUGAUCCCUUCCAAGGUGUCCAGUCCAGCCAGAAGAAGAGUCAAAAGUUCUCAACACCUCUUGACCAAGAAUGUGGUGAUCGAGUCAGACCUCUACACUCCGAGGCCCCUGGAGCUGCUGCCACAUCGCAGCGACCGCCGCGACGGAGAGGGCCGCAGGUCGGGCAGGCUCCACGGUGCUCGGCAGCAGGGACCCCACCUUGCCAAGGCCCCAGCCAGACCCGUGGGGAUUUCAGAACCCAAAUCAUCAAAUCUGUGUGGGAAUCGAGCAUAUGGAAAAUCUUUGAUUCCUCCGGUGGCCCGGAUCUCCGUGAAAGCCCCAGCCGCGCUAGAGGCGACAGCCACAGGCUCAGAGAACGGAGCUGUUCUGACAAGAGGAUCCAGACAUCUCAAGAAGAUGACUGAAGAGUAUCCAACCCUUCCCCAGGGGGCAGAAGCCUCCUUACCGCUGACAGGAAGUGCUUCCUGCGGUGUCCCUAGCAUCCUCCGGAAAAUGUGGACAAGGCACAAGAAGAAGUCUGAAUAUGUGGGAGCUACUAACAGCGCCUUUGAGGCUGACUAA